UCUCCACUAGUGAAGUGCGUGAAUUUCAUACCAAACCCAUACCUUGCAUUCCACCUUUACUGUCAAACCAGGAGAAAUAUUACUGAAAACAAUAAGCGGCUCAGGCAAGAAAUAGCUCUUGAAUUAAUGAUAUUUCGUCCUUCUGCUGUCCAUCUACACGGGUUUUAUCCCCAAUUUAAAGAUUCCUUCUGAGGAUCAGAGAAGAACUUUUACUCUUCUUUAGGACUGGCCAAGGAGGAGAAGAAGGAAAGGGCGAGCUGUUUUGGGAAGACGCGCUCCCCUCACUACUGUACCACUACGGUUAAGGUCCCAGAAUAGUGAGUGGGCUCGUGGCAGGGCCCGAUCAGAGCCGGCACCAUUGCGUCAAACGAGUGGAGUGCGAACGGGAGCCCUCAGCAGGGGCUGGAAGAUGGCGGCGAUGAGCUCGAUAAGACAAUGGACAGUGAUGCGGAAGGUGUAUGGAGCCCCGAUAUUGAGCAAAGUUUCCAGGAGGCACUCGCCAUCUACCCACCUUGUGGCCGCCGCAAGAUCAUCCUCUCAGAUGAGGGAAAGAUGUAUGGCCGUAAUGAGCUCAUUGCCAGGUACAUUAAGCUGAGGACAGGAAAAACUCGCACAAGGAAACAGGUCUCUAGUCACAUACAGGUGUUAGCACGGAAGAAAGUCCGCGAGUUCCAAGCAGGUAUAAAGGUUUCUAGCCAUUUGCAGGUUCUUGCCCGGAGAAAAUCUCGCGAAAUACAGUCAAAGCUGAAGGCCAUGAACUUGGAUCAAGCAUCCAAAGACAAGGCUCUUCAGAAUAUGGCGUCGUUGUCCUCGGCCCAGAUAGUGUCUCCAAAUCUGAUCAAGAGCCAGCUUCCACCACUGCCCCAGCCACCUUAUGCACCUCCACCUCGGUUUUGGUCAGGUCCAAUUCCAGGACAGCCUGGACCCUCUCAGGACAUCAAGCCUUUUGUACAUCCCUACACAAACCUAUCCGGACCUGUUCCACCUCCCAUAUCUGCGUACGAGCCCUUGGCACCCCCUCUGCCCCCGGUCGCCACUGCCGUGCCUGUGUGGCAGGACCGCACCAUCGCCUCCUCCAAGCUGCGCAUGCUCGAGUACUCCGCCUUCAUGGAGGUUCCCAGAGACCAGGACACUUACAGCAAACAUUUGUUUGUGCACAUCGGUCAGACCAACCCAUCAUACAGCGAUCCCCUGCUAGAGGCAGUGGACAUACGGCAGAUCUACGACAAGUUCCCAGAGAAGAAGGGAGGGCUGAAAGAGCUUUAUGAAAAGGGCCCGCAAAACGCCUUUUUUCUGGUCAAGUUCUGGGCGGACCUGAAUAGUAGCGAUAUGCAGGACGGCCCGGGAUCUUUCUACGGCGUCAGCAGCCAAUACUGCAGCACUGAGAAUAUGACCAUCACCGUCUCAACAAAAGUCUGCUCAUUUGGCAAACAGGUGGUGGAGAAAGUAGAGACGGAGUACGCACGAGUCGAAGGAGGAAAGUGUGUGUACAGGAUCCACCGCUCGCCCAUGUGCGAAUACAUGAUCAACUUCAUCCACAAGCUCAAGCACCUGCCUGAGAAAUACAUGAUGAACAGCGUCUUGGAGAACUUCACCAUUUUACAGGUGGUGACUAACAGGGAAACACAGGAAACUCUGCUUUGCAUAGCGUUUGUAUUCGAAGUGUCGACGAGCGAACACGGGGCACAGUACCACGUCUACCGUCUCAUUAAAGACUAGCCACUCUGCCAGAACGGGUUUUGCCAACAGACAUUCUGUCUUUUUGUCCAGACGUCAGAGCAAUACACCAGCAUGUAGCCAAGAACGGAGACGUUUGUCGUUUCCGUACCGAUUCGGGUAAAAGUGGAUGGAGACUCAAAAAAAAAAAAAAGAAAAAAAGAAAAGAAAGAGUCACGCACAAACGGAAAUUAGAAAAGUAGUAUUGCUCUGUUUAAAGGACAGUGUUUUUAUUUUUUUUAUUUUAUACAUAUUUAAAUGCCUUAAAAACAAAGUGGGUCUCACAGGUUUUACUGCAUACAACUUCUAAAUGUAAAUUGUUUUGGCUCUUUCUGUUAUACUGAGGGACUAUGAAUGUUGAACACGUUGGCAGGAAGGUGAGGUUUUAGCGUUUCGAAGACAACGUGUGUCUUUAGGCACACAGUGCAUAUUCGAAGGGUAAAGACAAGGGCAGAAAUGGAUUUCUUUCAAUAGGACAGGUUCGAUGAAAAGAUACUGCUACUGUUUCUCCUACAUGGGAACAAUAUAGAGCAAUAAACUGAAUUAGCAAGAGUAUGAAUCAAAGGACGUACAGUUUGACAUGUAGUGCGCAAUAUUUAAAGGCAACAAAUUAUUAUUAUUUCUUUUUCAGCCCAUGUAGAGAGUGAGAAACACUGCAACUUUUACAUUUACAUUGACCUGCCCUUUAUCUAACAAGAAGGUGUCAGAAAAAAAGAAGGUUUACACGCCCACUAUACAAGUCGGUGAAAAUCACAAGUGCCUCUGUCCAAAGAACUCGGUGUGGGUGACAUUCUGAAGUGCCUUUUGACUACCUCUUGAGAUAAAUCAGUACAAAUAUUUGCUAGGGUUUUGAUACUAGAGCAUGAUUUAAGCAAUUACAUUUUAAUCAAAUGUCACUUCAGUUCUUUGUUCAGUUUGUUUACUUGUAGCGAGUACAUUGAAGCACGAGUAUGCAUUCGAUUGGCCUUGUUACAAAUAGAUAAAGACAUAUUUUCCUAAAAUGAGGUUAACUAAGUGGAUAAAUUCAUUGUCAGCAUGUCGAUGUGUUUAAAUCUUUCUGCUAACACAAAGAAGAUGGCUUAUCUGUGGCUGCCUAUGGGUCAUUUUUGGAUGGUAGUGGUACUAUACCCCUAAAUGUUCCUUUUUUUUAUGUUUGUUUGUUUUUGUUUUUUGACAAUGGAAAGUCCUGCCUUUAGUUAUUGUGUUCUCUGGUGCUUUUGGAUCAUUAGAAGAGAUUCAGCAAAAUUAAACUCUGCCUAAUCUGAGAUUUGACUUCUCCCACUCAAGCCUAUUUGCCAUACAUCUUUUUGGUGAAUGGAAUAUUCUUUGGGCAUGCCAAAGUAAAUACAAACUGUUCUAUGUAUUUUAGUCUAAUAAUUAUUUUUAAAUUAAGAAGUCCCUUCAUCCUUGCAUUGUCAUCCUAUAGUCUACGUAGUGGGGAAAGCUGUCCACCCUUUGUUCUUUACGAAAAGUAUGGUACCAUAUUGUUUCUAAUAAAAAAAAAUAAAAAUAAAAAAAAAUCAAGUUUGAAAAAAUGUAACUGUUAAACUGAAACAAAGUGCACACAAUUUGUCUCCCGGUUUACCAUUAUGCUUCCAAUGCAACAGAAGAGGCUUGGAUGAAAUAUAUAGUUGCAGUUCCUGUGCUGACAGUAUUUGUUAAUUCAUUAAAUUCCUUGUGAAGGUUUUGCAUAAGCUUUAAUUGAACUUACUGAAGAUUGAAUUAAUGAUUUUUGAAAAGAAAAAAAAAAAGUCCAGAAAUCCAUUUAUCAAAUCCAUUCAUGUUGCAUGGUACUUCAUGGUAAAAGGACAGUGACAUGUUUAAGUACUCCUAAGCUAUCAUUGGAAUGGUACAGCCGUAGCCUAUAAAUGGUGGCGUCUGUGAAAUUUCAUAGCUUCCUCAAAUGUACUUUUUUUUUUUUUUUUUUUUUUUUUUUAACCAAGCUCCUUUUUUUUAUUGUUAUUAAUUAUUAAUUUUAUGUUUGCUCUUUGACUUUCAGUUAAUGCUGUUUGCAUCAAUUGAAAAUUGUGUGUUACUGUUGAGAUUUUAUAUAAUAAUCUAAAUGGUGUUGGAGUUUUCUUUCCCUCCCCCCUCAAUACCCAGUAACGGUUCACUGUGAUCUUGGUUACCAAAUGUGCAUUGAAGUCAUUUAUAUUAUAUACAAUGUGAGGGUUUUGUACAAUAUUAUCUAAACAACAAUACCAAUACAGCAAUACCAAUAAAAAAAAAAGUCAUGCUCCCCUUGGGACAUUUGUGUGAUGAAA